AUGGCAGGAAGAGCCAAGAGAGCCAAGAUGAUAAAGUAUCUGGGCAGGGAGAAAUGUAUGUCACUGAACGUCUCUGAAUGGGCGGUUAUUACGGAUCGAGCGGGAUUACCCGGAUUCUGGGUGGCAGGAAAUAACUGUAUGUCAUUGAACGUCUCUGAAUGGGCGGAAAUUAGAGAUCAAGCGGGAAUAAAACAGUUCCUGUAA